AAGAGUACUGCUGGCCGCGUACCGGAAGCUGUGCCUGUUGUUGACAGUUCGAUUCUGUUCCUGAAUGAUUUUUUCCACUUCGGCGGCUUUUUCCUCACGUACACCAUGAAGAAAUUUUUGGAAGACAUUAAAAAGGAUAUCAAGUUCAAAUCGGCCGGUCCUGGAAAGAAGUUAAACGAGGAGAGCAGCAGCUCAAAAGAACCUGCCAAAGAGCCAGCUGCCCCUGCAAAGCCAAGAUAUGCCCCCAGUGAAGGAUCUCAGAUGGCUGGUGCUGCGGCCCUAGCAAGAAUCCAGCACCAACAAAAACCACGGCCGCUGUCAUCUCAAGAUGCAAUUCGCAAUCAAGUAAAGAAGGAGUUGAUGGCUGAAGCAGCAGCAGCAGCGUCCACUACCUCUGUGCAUAAAGAUGACUCCAAAACAGAUCCUAAAGAAGACGCCACAUUAUUCUCCGUGUCUGGUGUUUACUUCAUCUGUCCACUUACGGGAACCACACUGAAAAAAAAUGAAAGAGAAAAUCAUAUCAAGGAAGCAAUUCUCAUGAAAUUUGCAGAUGAUCCACUGGAAGCCUCUAUCAUGAUGGUCCAUACGUUCAACAAGGACAGAGAGAAAGUCAGUGCAGCCAUUGAAGUCAUAGGCAAGUACAUCGACAAUAUAUGCAACAACCCUACUGAAGAGAAAUACAGAAAAAUAAAGCUGAGUAAUAAAAUAUUUCAGGAAAAGAUCCAUCCUUUAGAGGGCACACAGGAAUUUCUUCAGGCAGUUGGUUUUGAAAAGAAGAGCUUGGAGGUUUCUGGUCAAGAAAACAUGGAGGAAUUUUACGUAAUAAGUGAGGAAGCCCUUGUGCAAGUGGAACACCUGAAGGAGUGCAAAACAAAGCUGAUGUCUGCAGAACCAGUGAGGGCCAAGCUGGAUCGACAGCCCCGCGUCUUCAAGCCUUCACCACAGGCCUCUCGCUUUGAGCUGCCAGCUGAUUUCUAUAACCUAACAGCUGAAGAGCUAAAGAAGGAGCAGCAGAUGAGGAGUGAAGCCGUGGAGCGAAAUUCAAUGCUGCGCACCAAAGCCAUGAGGGAACGGGACGAGCAAAGGGAAAUGAGGAAAUAUAACUAUACACUAGUGCGGGUCCGCCUGCCCGAUGGAAACCUACUACAAGGGACCUUCUACGCCAGAGAAAAAGUUUCCGACGUGUAUGAAUUUGUCCGCAGUCACCUCCUGAACAGCUGGCAGCCCUUUGAGCUCCGGGCCCCUGCUGGACAGAAACUGAACGAGUCCACAGCCCUAAACGAGUGCGGCCUGGUACCGGCGGCUCUUCUGACAUUUGUCUGGGAUGCAGCAAUCCAGGCUGACAUUGAGGCAGCGUGUGCACAGAGUCAAGACAUCCUCACCUCUACCCUCAUGUCCAGCAUUGAAACUCUGACAUGAAGGCAAACGUCCCGGUCUUCUCUCAUUGUACUGAUCUAACAGUCAGGAAGAGUCAAGUCAGGGGGGAAAAAAAAAUAACAAUGCUGCUAGAUUGAAAAGAGCGAAAGAAAACGAGGGGCUGUAGCACCUUAUUACUUUAACAAAGUGAGCUGAGUAAGUAACCAGUUUAAAUUGUAAAAGGCUCCCCUGAAAACCAGCAGAUGACAAAUUCACACCCUGUAAUAACAAUCAAGCUGACGAUUUCACAACUCUUUACUACUCCAUUUAAAAUUGUAACUGGUUAAAGAGAGCAGGUCCCCCUCUCUGCCUUGUGCAAUACUACUUUACAAAAGUGUUUGAUGUUUAGGGAACGCACACUCCCUUUAAAAGAUGGCUUGGUCCUUACGAUAAGUUUAACUUUUCUGAAGAUUUUGAUCAGACAGAAUUUUUUUUUUGGCCAAGCUGUAGCUUUUAAUAAUUUGUAUUCAUUUGUAUGCAGAUGAUAUCAGGGUUUUGGCUCUGGUGCAACGUAUCACACUAUAGGCUGUUUGGAGAUUCCACUGCACUGCCAAUGGGAACCUGAAAUUCAAUAUGGCUGUCUGACACUCGGUAACCAUCACGUCCUCACUAUGAGAACAAUUCAAUUAUGGCUCUAUCUACACGAACAAGCACAAAGGUGCAUAAUCCUAUAGGAAUGAAGUGUUACAAUUAGUGGAAGUAAAAUGAACGAGAACUUACUUUCCAAUGCAAUACCACAUGAGCAGACUGGCAAUUGUGUGCCCGGGCUCCUCGACUGUGGCAGAAUCACUGGGUGUCAGUAAAGUGGCGUGCAGAGCCGCCUGCCCAUGAGCUCCAAGCCCUUAAUAAACGGAAGAGGCUCUCCCAGUGACAGCUGCACGCUUAACAUUUUGUGCACGUCUGCCUGUGUGCGUGUGUGUUUUAGUUACAGGUGCAUCUCAAUCAAUUAGGAGAGCAACGAAAAGUUAAUUUAUUUCAGUAAUUCAAUUCAAAAGGUGAAACUCCGAUUCUAUAGAUGCAUUAACACACAGUGAUACAUUUCAAGUGUUCAUUUCUUUUCAUUUUGCUGAUUAUGGCCUACAGAAAUUAGAAUAUUGUGAAGAGGGUCACUAGUGUAGACUCGUGGUGUCCCACUCCACUCGGCUAAUGAACCCAAAACUCCUGCAGAGGGGUCCUGAGCCUUGAAAUGGUCUCUCAGUCUGGUUCAGUAGGCCACACACUCGCACUGCUGACUUGACACUUGUCCAGAAGACGGUCAUUGACAAGAAGGGGAUGACACAGACGGUCAUUGCUAAAGAAGCUGGCUGGUCACAGAGUGCCAUAUCCAAGCAGAUUAAAGGAAAGUUGAGUGGAAGGAAUAAAUGUGACAGCAGAAAAAGGGGCACAAGAAACAGGGAUGAGCGCAGUCUUGAGAGGAAUUUCAGGAAUUUGGGGGGGAUACAUAAGGAGUGGACUGCGGCUGGAGUCAGUGCUUCAAGAGCCGCCACACACAGGCGUAUUGGGGAUGUGGGCUACAACUGUCACGUUCCUUGUGUCAAGCCACUCCUGACGCAGAGACAACGUCAGAAGCGUCUUACCUGGGCUAAGAAGAAAACGGACUGGACUGUUGCUCAGGGGUCCAAAGUCCUCUUUUUGGAUGAAAGUCAAUUUUGCAUUUCAUUAGGAUAAUCGCGGUCCCAGGGUCUGGAGGAAGAGUGAAGAGGCACAGAGUCCAAGUUGCUUGAGGUCCGGUGUGAAGUUUCCACAGUCAGUGAUGAUUUGGGGUGCCAUGCCAUCUGCUGGU